AACACUAAAGGGGUAGCUAUGGAGAUAGAACGUUUGGCUGGCUGCUUUCUUUGACAGGUGUUGAGUAGGGUAAAAGUCUUAAAACAGAAUCCAGCAUGUACGCUAAAGGUAAAGGAGCUGUCGUCCCUUCCGAUAGCCAAGCGAGAGAAAAGUUAGCUUUAUAUGUGUACGAGUAUUUGCUGCAUGUCGGUGCACAGAAAUCAGCACAGACCUUCCUGUCAGAGAUCCGAUGGGAGAAAAAUAUUACACUGGGGGAGCCCCCUGGAUUCCUACACUCAUGGUGGUGUGUAUUCUGGGAUCUGUACUGCGCUGCUCCGGACCGGAGGGAGACAUGCGAACAUUCCAGCGAGGCCAAGGCUUUCCACGAUUAUAGUGCAGCUGCUGCCCCUAGUCCGGUGAUGGGUAACAUGCCCCCCAAUGAUGGCAUGCCUGGUGGACCCAUGCCCCCCGGCUUCUUUCAAGGACCUCCCGGCUCCCAGCCGUCACCCCACGCACAGCCACCCCCACACAACCCCAACAACCCCAUGAUGGGACCUCACGGCCAGCCUUUCAUGUCCCCACGGUACCCAGGUGGACCUCGCCCCUCACUCCGCAUGCCAAAUCAGCCCCCUGUGGGAGUCCCAGGGUCACAGCCACUCCUGCCAAACAGCCUGGACCCCACCAGACCACAGGGACAUCCAAACAUGGGCGGCCCGAUGCGGAUGAAUCCCCCCAGAGGGAUGGGUGGCAUGGGCCCACAGAAUUAUGGUGGUGGAAUGAGGCCUCCUCCCAACUCCAUGGGGCCAGGAAUGCCAGGAAUGAACAUGGGUCCUGGAGGUCGAGGUCCCUGGCCCAAUCCCAACGCAAACUCAAUAGCCUAUUCCUCGUCAUCUCCUGGCAACUAUGUGGGUCCUCCAGGGGGCGGAGGCCCACCAGGAACUCCCAUCAUGCCUAGCCCAGGAGACUCCACAAAUUCCAGUGAAAACAUCUACACAAUGAUGAAUCCUAUUGGCCCUGGUGGUAACAGACCUAAUUUCACAAUGGGGCCGGGCCCUGAUGGCCCAAUGGGUGGAAUGGGAAGCAUGGAGCCACACCAUAUGAACGGAUCGCUAGGCUCUGGUGACAUGGAUGGGUUGCCAAAGAAUUCUCCCAACAACAUGGCAGUCAUGAACAACCCUCCGGGAACUCCGCGGGAUGAUGGGGAGAUGGCUGGCAACUUUUUAAACCCAUUCCAAAGUGAAAGUCCCCCCGGGAUGUCACUGAAGCGCAGGAUUCCCAUCAAGGCCACCCAUCCCAGUGUGUGCAAAGUGGGGGUUCAGGGCAGGAAACAGUCUCAGAGCCACAGGAAGAGCCAACUCAGUGAUUCUCCCUGUCUGCCUGGCUUCCUCACAGGCCCAGGACAGUGAGAAUGGGGGACUCUGUCUGGCUGUCUGCAGGAACUCCCCUCAGCAACAGGCCUUUCAGCAUCAAGGCUGGUGGCUCCACUCUACUCUACUCUACUCUACAUUUUAUUCUUAUUUUAUUGAAAUGUUGUUUUUGCAUGCAGCAGUUGAGUGAGAGGGUCAAAGCUCACCCUCAUUCAAUUCCUGUGUCCUUUUGUUGAAAUGAAAAGCUGAACUGGUGAUAUAUUAGGGCAAGAACAGUUUUCAUUAUGUUUGCAUUUUAUUAAUAAUGUUAUAAUUUUCAUAAUUGAUAUUGCUAUAAUGUUGUAGUUAUGAUUUCCUGUUAAUGGCACAUUGUAUCUCAACAACAUCAACAGAAUAAGCACACACUCAAAAAAUGCACAAUGACACUUCUGUUUACAUGAUUUUAGGUAUUUGAUGUUUCUUGUUUGUUUUGUUUGUCUCAACCCCCUACGCAUACCUCUGGCCACAAAUUCUGCGAAGAACAGAAGAUAAUGACUUUACUACCAGAAAAACAUGGCACCAAAAUGUAAACACUCAAGCAGGGUGUGAUAGGAAUACAAGGAUAGCUGUUUGAAAUCGCUCUUAUCUAAGAAUUAUCCUUCCUAAGAAUCCCAUCCAUCCAUACCAUCCAUGUUAGCAUUUGAGUUCCCCAAAACUUCUGAAUAUGAAAAUGGAGGCGAUCUCAGAAACAUCUUUAUCUUUUGGUACUCAAUAGUAUGUCAAUCUACAUGUAUGGUCACACGCACCCCUCCCAAAAUGUAAUGUCAGUGUAUAUGUGUGUUCUACAGGCUUGUUGGUUUACUGUGCAAGGAGGAUCGAAUGUAAUUUGGACAAUUGCUCCUAAUUCUAUUUUCAGUUGAGGUGGCUUGGAACAUUAAUUUUUCUCUCUUGCGACCUAUAUCCUUCCUAUUCAGUAAAGAGAAAGGGUUUUUAGACCCUCUAUGUUCUUUUUAUGGCUUUGCUCUUGCCUGUAAAUACAACCUAUUGUGCUUGUGCUUAUUUGUUGUUUUGAUAUACAACUUGAGAAUCCUGAAAGUGGAUCCUUCUCCUCCUGCAUUGAUUUCACUGUUACCCUGCAUACCAACUCAAGGCUCAAUGUUAUUUUACUGAUCUGAUCCCGUAAUACAGGCCCCUUGCUACUGGUUUCCAUGUCUUUGGUGUACAAACCCCUACCUGCUUCCUUCCAGUUAGGGUUGACCUCACAGAUCCUUAUGAUCCAGUGUCUGACCCCUCUCACAUGCAACCAUAGUUUAGCGAGGGGCAAAAGGCGUCCGCAUGCUUCCCAGCCGAAACAGUUCGAUUGAGUUUGUGCAUAUAUUAUCACAAAAUGUUGUGACAUUUUUGUUCGUUUUGGACUUCGGUGUUGUGUGCUUUUCUUGCACACAACAUAUUUUCUGGAGGCAAGCCGAAGUUCGUAACCGAAGUCUACGCCCCUUCGUCGGUGAUUGGUCAACAGUAGGGAUUCUUCA